AUGGUGAAGUUGGAGCCCAUGACGAACGGCUACUACCUCUGGCAUUAUGUUCCCUCAAUAGCAGCCGGAGUGAUCUUCACUGUACUCUUCUUCGCCAUUACAGCAUUCCACUCUUGGAAGCUAUUCAAAACCAAGGAUCGCUUUACCUUUCCCUUUGCCAUUGGCGGGCUGUUCGAAAUCAUCGGUUACGCUGCCCGAGUGGCCGCCCAUGGCAAGACCGGUGAGCUGAUGCCCUACGUUAUUCAGAGCGUCUUUCUCCUUCUCGCGCCGAUCCUCUUCGCCGCCGCGGUCUACAUGGUUCUCGCACGCAUUAUCCGCAGCGUUAACGCCGAGCAAUACUCUCCUAUUCGCAUCAACUGGGUGACAAAGAUAUUCGUCGGCUGUGAUAUCCUCACCUUUCUCAUCCAGGGUAGUGGCGCCGGCAUGAUGGCCGAGAGCAGCAUGAGCAAGAUGGGCAAGAACAUUGUUCUUGCGGGUCUGAUUUUGCAAAUCCUCACAUUCGUCUUGUUCCUGGUUACCGCGAUUGUGUUUGACAUUCGCAUGAGGGCGAAUCCUACUCUGGAAGCUACGCAAGGUGGUUCGCCUUGGAAGAAGCAUUUGCUCAGCUUGUACACCGUCAGUUCUAUGAUCCUGCUUCGCUCGGUUUUCCGUGUCAUUGAAUAUGGAUUGGGCAAUGAUGGGUAUUUGCUGGCAAAUGAAUGGCCCACUUAUGUUCUGGAUGCAGUUCCCAUGUUUAUCGCCAUGAUUUGUUUUGCUUACUGGUAUCCAAGUGAGCUGCAGCCAUUCUUGGUGAAGUCGGAGUUGGAGGUGGCUUCCGUUUAA